AUGGCGGCAAGCGCGAGGGCGCAGAAGCCCGUUGGCUCAGCGCCAUGGAUUGCAGCAGAGAAGGAAAACAUGGCCGAGCUAGUGGAACAAGAAAUGGAAGAAGUGGAAUACCCUGUCCGGCACGAACUAGACUGGUUAAAUGAACAUAUGACCGAGAUCUUCUCCAAGGGCCAGACGAACUUCGCGGACGUGUUCAAAACGCCUGGGAAGAUGAGAGGCAAAACUCCUCGAACCGCUCGAAAGCGUAUUCCCGAGGAGUCUCGAGUGCCCUUGAGCGAAAUCUUCUCGUCCGCCCAGAAACAAUUAGAAAACCAAGCCAGCCCAAGCCCAUUCAUUCAUCGUGUUGUUUCUAAGCCUACUCCCCUGGCAGCAUCACCUGUGCCCCGCACCAAGACUGUGAAGGAACAAGCUUCGCAACCCGAAUACCCUGAUCUUACCCAAAAUCUGAACUCAUUCCCCACAUAUAACACUGACUCCGGCUAUCAUGGCAUGCCCGAUGAUGAUGAAAUGGUACUCCCUGACGUGCAACAAGAAUCACAGGCUUCGACUCAGCCCUCUACCCAGCCUUUCGAACAAGACGAACCAAUGCAUUUGGAUACUCAAGAGGUCGACAUUUCGGUUAGCCAACAAACAAAUGAAGAAUCCUUCCAUUCUGCGCGGGAAGAAGUUCGCUCUCGCGGAGAGACCGUCGAGCCGAGCAAAGAGCCAACCCCAACCCAGGAGCGAACAGCACUUCCGGCCGCAUCAGUUUCCAAAGAAUAUGAGACUGAAAUCAUGUCGACUCCAACCAAGAAAACAAAGCCGCAGUCGAAUACCGAAAUCCCGGAAACGCAACAUAACAAGGAACCUGAAACACAGGAGAGCGAUCCAAUUAUCUCGAUACCUGAGCCAACCCCAGAAAAGGCCCCCGUCGCCCUGGCAGCCCCGCCUAUUGAAACGCAAGAGUCUCACCUACAGGACGAGUAUAGGGAAGAUGCCACCGAAGAUGCUAUGAAAGACGACACAGUUCUGGACAAUCUCGAUGAUAUCGGCUCUCCUUCGGAUGGUUCUACUCCAGAUCGACCAUUCGCUCGUAAAAGCAGUCUGAGUUUUGCCACCCUCCCUGCGCGGGAACCUUUGAAAACUCGAACAAGCCAUAUUGACCUGGCCAAAAUGAGUACUGCCGGCCGUCCCAGUUACUUUGGCAGACAAACUGGCAGCCAUAGGAUUCCGCAAGCUGCGGUAGAGGAUAAUGUGGGCUCUAGGGCGUUGGAAAUUGACAACGAGAAAGAACCAAGUGAAGAAGCGGAUCCUGAGCAGGCUAGCAGAAUGCACAGCAAAAAGUCUACUCAGUCAUUGCAUGAUAGAAUCAGCAUGCUAGGCAAACUCCAGCCAUCCCGACCCAGAAAGUCAAUUCCAUCCGCUUCUGGGCUACCGGCUGGUCAGGUUCCCUACCCAGAUCUCCCAGCCUCCAAGUCCGAACCCAAGUCUGAAGCUUCGAACGAAGGGGCGCAUGAAGCUCCAGCUCCAGAACCUAUGUCUGUAGACGAUGACUGGAUCAAGCCUCUGAGCUCUCCCCAAAAGCCUGAGCUUUACAAGAGCAAGACCACAGAUGUCAUGGAGAAGCUUGCUGAAUUCGAAAAGGCGAGAGCAAUUAAUAAGAAGGAUACUUCGAAACCAGAGCCUGAACGUCCCAAAUCAUCCACCUCGAUGUUCUCUUCACCACGGCCGCAUGGCCACCAGCAGAGCGCGUCUUUGACUCACAUUGCUGCUGAUGCUUCUACUACUCCAACAGGCUCACCAAGGCGCUUCGACGGUCACAUCAGUGCUUCGAAGCUGAAAUUGCACUCGAUUAUGAAAUCUGCCAAGGGCUUAUUCUCAAGCACUGGCAACACACCACGGAUGGAACACUCAUCACCUGAGCAGGCGCGCGUUCAGCCAAUCGCUGACACAUUCAUCAUGAAUGCCAAACACUUAUCUCAGCCGGUCCCUAUCACCAGUCCUCAGCGUCCGGAAGGUCGCCGGACACGGAGCUCAACCGAGAAAGAAGAGAAGCGGCGCCAGCACGAACGGAAAGAGCAAGAGCGCGAGGAUCAAGAAGAAGAAGAAGCGCGUGUUGAGAGAGCUCGGGAGCAAGAAAGGCAAAGAGCUCUUCAGCUCAAAACCGCCCAGGGCAAUUCGUCAGUCGAGCCAGAAGAGAGGGCCGGCUCAGCGGUGAACAAGAUCUCCCAAUCACAGCGCCAACAAUCGCGCGAACCUGAAUCAACUCAGGAAUCUAGCUCAAGAUUUACCAUCCCUCAACCGAAGCAAAAUGACCGCCGUCCUCUCAAACCUACUCGCGAGCCCAUGAAACGCCCAACGCCGCAACCCAUGUCAAUUCGUGUUGGGAGUACCAUGUCUCGUCAACAAAUUCCUGUCCCGUCGUCUUCGAGUGGACGGGAGUCGAGUGUGUCCGUGGCGGCCCCUGCCCCUGCCACGAAACCCACUCUGAAAAAGAAGGGUAGCAAUACAUCCUUACAUACAUCAUCUUCUGCGAGCAGCUUCAAGAGCUCUGUUUCCAGUCUCACGCAAGCCCAGCGCAAGGCUCAGGUCGCCAGCGACCGCAAGAAGGAGCAAGAACGCGAGGCCCGCCGGAAAGAAGAACAAAAGCGUGAGCUAGAACGCAAACGUGCUGCCCAACAGCAACAGCAGGAAGAGGCCCGUCGGCAGGAAAUGAGGAGUCGUGCCGAAGCUGAACGGGAGCGACAUGCUGAAAGAGAACGUCAGGCCGAACAAGAGCGUCGCGAACGGUCAGCUCAAGAAGAUCCAAACAAAGCAGCCCGUAUGGAGGCAAUCAAGAAGCGACAAGCAGAGAAUGCUCGGAAACAUGGGCGGCAAGGUAGCCAGCAGAUUGUCAACGAGGGACCAAUUCUACAACACGAGCAGACGUAUUCUCAGUCUUCUCAGCGGAGUGACUUGGGUUCUUCCCGCCCUCCUUCUCGCUUGGGUAGCUCAAUCCAGCCAUUCGGUGGCCGCAGCAUCAACCCACCCGCACCUAACCCUGCUAAACCGCCAAAGAGAGGGAACGAUGAAACCAGCCACCGGCCUGCGCCGGCUAACCCCACUAACGUACAAUCAAGUGGCGAGUUCAAGCGGCGAAAGACAGAGGAUGAGCACAACCCCAUGCCACCUGUGCGCACAAUGGCGCAGCCUAUUCGUCAAUCGAAUAUCAGAAAGGAAUGUUUAAAGCCCUCUACCCUUGGCCGUGGACAAUCUUCCAUCGCACCCCAGUCUGCCUCUUCCAGCUACAGAAACGCGCAACCUCAGCGACCCGCUCACCCUAUAAUAACAUACACGAACGGCAAGAUACCGUUUGCCGAACCCAAUCAAGCGCCCCCACCAAGCGCACACAAGGCUGCUCCCAGCUCUGCCCAGCGCCCACCAGCCAAGCCAUCUCCCAAGUACCCCAACGGUGAAGAUAUCCACUUACCGGAGGUCAAUACCGAUAGUGAAGACGAUGACGACUCUGACUCUGAGAUGUUCCCUGUUCCCUCGUGGGCACAGCCGAAGCAGCUGGAGGGUCUUCUACGCAUACAAGAAGGUAUGGAGGUUGACUCGAUCUUCGGGCCAAUUGCACCAUUCUCUCUUGAAGACACCUUCAAGGCAGACAAGAAGAUCAAGAAAUAUCGUGAGCGCACCAGUAGUGCGAAUUGGUCCGGACCCGAUGGACUUACUCAAGAGGAGAUUCGGAAGGAUGUUGCCGAGCGACAGCGGUUGCGGCUCAAUGGUGGUUGGAGCUUCAACGGCUAA